UCACCACCUCCACGUUUGGUAUUAUUCCUUCCGCCCGCUCGCUCCGGUCCCUUGCGCUCGCUGCUCCCCACGAAAAUCCUCGAAUCCUCCGAGAGCCCCCAACCCCAAGGGCGGCAGAGGAGGCGUGGGGGGCUAGAGUCCCGUCCGUACGAUUGCCGCCCGCCGCCGGUUCGCCGCCCCGUUCGCUGGCUUCUCGCGGCUGGAGCGCGGUUCCUCCUGUGAAGGCUAGACGAAGAGGAGAACGGCCACGCGAUGGAUAGGAACCAGGAGCUGGCAGAGGUGGUCCCAAAUGACUUGGACCCUCUUCUCGGGAGGGAGGACAAGGAGGCGGAGUCAUCAUCAGUGGAGCUGUCUGCACCACAACCAGCAACUGUGACCCCGCUGGAGAUCGAGGAUGAGGAGACCGAUGGUUCUUCUGCUGCGUGCUGCCGCAUUUGCCUCGAGGCUGAGUCUGAGAUAGGUGAUGAACUGAUAUCACCUUGCAUGUGCAAAGGAACUCAACAGUUUGUUCACCGUUCAUGCCUUGAUCAUUGGCGUUCUGUUAAGGAAGGAUUUGCAUUUUCCCACUGCACAACAUGCAAAGCUCAGUUUCAUCUCAGGGUGGAGACUUGGGAGGACAACUCAUGGCGUAAAAUGAAGUUCCGGAUCUUUGUUGCAAGAGAUGUGCUCCUCGUAUUUCUUGCUGUACAGCUUACUAUUGCUAUUAUUGGUGCAAUCGCAUACUUUCUAGACAGGGAUGGAAGUUUCAGGAACAGUUUCAGUGAUGGUUGGGAUCGCUUCUUGUCAAAGCACCCAAUACCAUUCUACUAUUGCAUAGGCGUUGUGGUUUUCUUUGUGCUGCUUGGAUUCUUUGGGUUGAUAGUGCACUGCUCAUCCUUCAACGACCACCAGGAUCCAUGCCUAGCUGGGUGCCGGAACUGCUGCUACGGUUGGGGCAUCCUUGAUUGCCUGCCUGCUUCCUUGGAGGCAUGCUUUGCCCUGGUGUUGGUUUUCAUCGUUGUGUUUGCUAUCCUGGGUAUCGCCUACGGCUUCCUUGCAGCAACCAUGGCCGUCCAGAGGAUCUGGCAGAGGCAUUAUCACAUCCUGACAAAAAGGGAGCUCACAAAGGAAUACGUUGUGGAAGACCUUCACGGCAACUACACGGCGCCGAAGCUUGAUCCGGAGCACGAGGAGCGGCUGAAGAUGCUCAAGCUCCUCUAGAGAGAGGUGCCUGCCGGUAAAUGCUUCAUGGCAAACUCGACAACAUGGCAACAUGGCCCAUCCUCUCUUGUUCCAGAUCGUAGAAGGAACGGUCACCUUGGGUUCUAGUCUACUGUACAGAUGAAAAUCUUGCUGCUUCUACCAGUAUCGAAGGCCUGCUAAAACAAUCCAGAGCUUCUUCUGAGUUUUACAUUUUUACCUUCUCGGUAAUCUUUGUCGACUAAGUGCACGUGCGUGUAAUGUUUCAUGUGUCUUGUUCCCGGAAGUGAACGCCUGUACGAUUGAAGAUCUGUUGUCUGAAUUGAUCCCCUGUGAUCUCUUUACGUUUUGGCAUCUGAAUAAGAUCUAAUAUCAACUGCCUUUUA